AUGGUGGAGCAAGACUCUCGUAGCAGUUUGCGACACAUCCUGGCCGACGAGCCAGUCGGGCAGCCAUCGCGGCCAGCACCACCAUCGACACCAGCAUCCGCAUCAGCGAUACGGACCACAUCGGCCGCAGCUACAGGCGACCGCGAGCCAUCGCCCGCACCCAAAGCCGACAAGGACGAGGAACAAGAAGUAGAGACUCCGCUAUAUACAUCGACCACCCAGACGACCCGGCGCAAUGCAAAUGGCAGCGUGUCAUCGGUUUACUCAGGAAACAAGAUCCGCCAUUUGAAGAAGGAGGACGGUGUACCGCUUUGGCGCAAGGACAUUCAGUACGACUUCCUCGACAUCGUCUUUAAAGAUGAUCAUCGCGUCUUUACCCGCUACUCGGACAAUGAGAAGGGCCACACGUUCGCCGAAAUCUACGUCGAUGCCAUGGCAAAGAGCAGCAAGUGCAGCAAGAUUUUAAAGGAGAAGCUCAAGGAGGAUUUUGAAUCCGCUAUCACUAUGGCUAUGGUCUGCCUACUCGUCAACGUCGGCCGGAUGAACACGACUCUGAACUUCUUCCCCGAGAUGCGCGCUCAAUUGCGUACCUACCAUUCCAUUCCAGCCUUACAGGCACACCAAGACCCGAACGCCUAUAAGCAACUACAAGAUGCGCCUCGCUUGAAAUCCAUCCUCAAAGGCGCCACAGAGGACACGCCACAGCCAGGCACAAUUGAAGACAUCCGACAAGCUUCCAUACCACGAACGAACCCUGUCAACCUGAUCUUCGUCCUGUCGCAGUAUGCUCCCAAGAUCUCAGAACUGCACUUCAACCAUCCUCGCGACUUCUUCGACCUCGUAAUGCGACCUAGUUUGAGCAGCAGAAGCAGGGCAACCGCCUUCCUUUGGCUCAUGUGGUGGUACCUCGAAAGCGAUUUCUCCAAUGAAGCCGCGCUCAAAAAUCCGUUUGGAGCAGGUUGCGAGCCAGAAGGUGGCGGUCUGCCAAUCAAAGUCCCUCCGCUCGAGAGUUUGACCGAGGAGCAGGCUGCUUUGGAGAAUGUUGACAGCCAAGAAGAAAAGGAUUACGGAGAACAGAAACGCAAGGAAAGAAUUGCAAUCGUUGCAAGCGAACCGAGUCCCGCCAUGACAGCUCUCAAACGCGCUAGGAAAGGUAUGUUGUCCUUAUAUGACCGAUGGCUAAACACCAACUCGGGAGAACAAAAAGAACGCAGUUUGUUUGCCGCGGGUCUUGGUGACUCUUUGCGUAGGACAUACGCUGGUAGCGACUACACACGAUCUCCUACGCCUCCCACAAGCUCUUUCCAGGCCGUCAACACUAUUUCAAAGCCAUCGGGAGCCAAGUCGUUCUUGACCGAAAUGGAUGAAAAGGAACAUGACAACCGACACUUGGCUUCACCUUCCAUGGGCACGCCACAAGCUGCAGCACUGCCCAAAAAAGGCGCUGGACGAGACCACGUCCCGAUAUCUUCGUACCAAUCCCAGACACGGAACCGUCCGCUGACAUCACACCAAAAAGCAGUCAGCGAUUACCGCCGUGUGCGAAUCAAUCAGAUCCUAGAUACUGGUAUCAGGCGACGUCACAUAGCAGCCAAACGUCAACGUCAAGAAGAAGGUAUACUAUUACGGGCUUGGAAACGCAUUCGCAUGCUGCCUUCCGGCUGGGACAGUGAGGACGAA